UUGUAUAAUUUUCUUUGAGUAAAUGUUAUACAUAAAAUAUUUGAGUAUUUUUUUGGCAUUAAACACAUUAUUGUAUUUUACAUUAAUUUAUAAGGGAAAAAUUGUUUUGCUUAAUGAGUGCUUCGCAUUACGAGUGAGAUUCUGGAACAAAUUAUGCUCAUUAAGUAAGGUUCCACUGUAUUUUUGAAACAUAUCUUGUCCAAAAUUUUUAAAAUUGAGCUAUCAAUUACUUCAGAUUUGUUCCUUUUAUUUCUUCUUUAAUUUUGUUUCAAAACAGAGUUUAAACUGUGAAAAAUUUCUUUCUUAUAUGAGUUUUCAAUCAAAAAUGACUUGUCCACAACAUGCCAUCCUAUAGGAAAAUCUUUGAUGCAAAACAUGCUUUGUUACUUGUCAUUAGGAGUCUUUUCCAAUUAUUUUCUUUUUAAUGUUUCUUAUUUUACAAAAUUUGUUUCAAAUUGUCCUUUAACCUCAUCUUUAGUUUCAAAUGUCUUUUAUCCAAACUAAUUUCUUUAAUUAUUCUGUAAUGUUGCAUAAGACAAUGAAAAUUAUUAUGAAAAUAAAAUCUUAUCAGUCUUAAGAAUUAGAUUACAAAAUAUUUAUAUAUUAAAUAGAGUUAUGACAGAAUAAAACUACUGAGGACUGACUGAUGAAUUUCUCUUCCACAAAAAAACAACUUAAGGAUCUUGAAGUGAGAUUUUCCAUUAAUUAGACAGAUAGUAAUAAAUUCCUUUAGCAUACUUGACAGUGAAAUGCAAGCAAUUGGAAGUGGAUUAUUUUUAGGGCCAUCUAUAUUAGACCAUUCCUGUGAUCCUAAUGCUGCUGUGACAUUUGAUGGCAGAUUUUUACAUGUAAGAGCAGUAAGAGAUAUUCCUAGUGAAAAUAUUAGAGAUGUAUUUAUUAGUUAUAUUGAUCAAAUGGAAACCAAAGAAACAAAACAACAACAACUUCAAGAACAGUAUUAUUUUACAUGCAGUUGUUCACGAUGUUUUGGUGACUAUUGGGAAAUCUCUUUUCUCAGUCUGAAUCUUGUGAAUCUCCUUUUGUAGUCAUAGUCUUGUUUUCCGCAAUUGGUCAGUAUUAAUAUAAGAAGCAUUUGCAAUCUUUUAGACUACAUAUUUCAUGUAUAAAUUUGUACUUUAUUGUGACCCUAUAGUACAAGAUGUUGAAAGACCAAUAAAUGAAGCACCAAUAAAUGAAGGAAGGACAACAGAGUUGGUAGCAUAACAGCAGUUGGAAAAAGGAGGAUGACAAAAGAAUAGAAGUACAAAAGAAGUUCAGUGUAAAGGAGUUAGCUGGUGCGUUCUCAAAAUUGAAUGUAGCUAUAUUAGAACUAGAGGGUAUAGAUCUAAAUGUUGAACAGUUUGCAAAAGUGGAACAGCAAAUGAAUGAAUGUUUAUGAUUCUGUCAAAAUUUAUGAAGAAAAAAAAGGAAACUUAUAAGGCAGAUCAUGUUAAUGAGUUCUCCUGAAAAGCUACAUCCAGGACUCCUACUCCUACAAAUAUUUCCAUUUCUUUGCAGUAAUCUCUGUAACUCAGGCUUUCUACAGCUUUGGAUAAUCUUAUGAUGACACUGAUCACCUAGAACCAUUACCCUUUGAAGGAUUUGAUGACUAUAAUAUUACUCUGAAUGACGUUCUUUAAAUCAGUGUUUCUCAACAUUCUUGAAUAUGCGGCCCCUUACAAGUUAAAAAAUUUUGCCCACCCCCCAC